UCUGUCACCCUAUGACCUGUGCAGAAACCGGGGUAUCCGUGGGGAGGACGCCGGGACACCCCGGAAGUCGAGAAAUGAGACUGUUGACCUUCAGGGAUGUGGCCAUAGACUUCUCUCUGGAGGAGUGGAAAUGCCUGGACCCUGCUCAGAGGAAUUUGUAUAGGGACGUGAUGUUAGAGAACUACAGAAACCUGGUCUCCCUGGGUCUUGUUAUUUUUAAGCCGGACGUGAUCACCUCUCUGGAGCAAAGGAAAGAGCCUUGGAAUGUGAACAGAUGCGACAUAGGAGCCAAACACCCAGCUGUGUCUUCGUAUUUCACUCAAGGUCUUUUGCAAGGGCAAAGCAUAACAGAUUCAUUUCAGAAAAUGGUCCUGAGAAAAUAUGGGAGCCGUGUGCUUGAUCAUUUGCAUUUAAGGAAAGACUGGAGGAGUGUGAUCAAGAAUAAGGAGCAGAAAGAAAAUUUUAAUGGGCUUAACCAGUAUUCAUCACCCAUCCAUAGCAAACUCUCACGAUUUAAUGAGUUUGGCAAAGCUUUUGACCAGUGCUCAAUCCUUCCUGUACAUAAGAAGAUUCAUAAUGGAGAGAAGCCCUACAGUUGUGAAGAAUGUGGAAAAUCUUUUAACCAUUUUUUGACCCUUAAUAAACAUAAGAAAACUCAUACUGGAGAUGAGCCCUACAAAUUUGAAGAAUAUGGAACAUCUUUUAAGCAGCGCGCACAUCUUACUCAGCCUAACAGACUUCAUACUGGAGAGCACCCUUACAAAUGUAAAGAAUGUGGCAGAGCCUUUAAGCGGCGCUCGCACCUUAGCAGACACAAGGUAAUUCAUGCUGAGGAGAAACCCUACCACUGUGAAGAAUGUGGAAAGUCUUUUAACAGGUGCUCUAGCCUCAUCCAACAUAACAGAAUUCAUACAGGAGAGAAACCCUACAAUUGUGAAGAGUGUGGAAAAUCUUUUAACAGGUAUUCAAGCCUUACUCACCAUAAGAGAAUUCAUACUGGAAAGAAACCCUACAGUUGUGAAGAGUGUGGAAAAUCUUUUAACAGGUGGUCAAGCCUUACUCAGCAUAACAGAAUUCAUACUGGAGAGAAACCCUACAGUUGUGAGGAGUGUGGAAAAUCCUUCAACCAGUGCUCACACCUUACACAACAUAAAAGAAUUCACACUACAGAGAAGCCCUACCAAUGUGAAGAAUGUGGCAAAGCCUUUAAACAGUCCUCAACCUUAUUUAAACAUAAGAGAAUUCAUACUGGAGAGAAGCCCUACCAAUGUGAAGAGUGUGGAAAAUCUUUCAAACAAUACGCAGGCGUUACUCAACAUAUGAAAAUUCAUACCGGAGAGAAACCCUAUCAAUGUGAAGAAUGUGGCAAGUCUUUUAACAAGUGCUCGACCCUUAUUCAGCAUAACAGAAUUCACACUGGAGAGAAACCCUACAGUUGUAAAGAAUGUGGGAAAUCUUUUAACCAGUGCUCAAACUUUACCCAACAUAAAAAAAUUCAUUCUAAAGAGAAACCCUACAAAUGUGAAGAGUGUGGAAAAGCCUUUAAACAGAUCUCAACCUUAAUUAAACAUAAGAUAAUCCAUACUGGAGAGAAACCCCACAAUUGUGAAGAAUGUGGAAAAUCUUUUAACCAGGGCUCAAGCCUUACUCAACAUAUGAAAACUCAUACUGGAGAGAAACCAUAUCAGUGUACAGAAUGUGGGAAAUCUUUUAGUACAUCUUCAAGCCGUAUUCAGCAUAGCAGAAUCCAUACUGGAGAGAAACCCUACAGUUGUAAAGAAUGUGGAAAAUCCUUUAACCAGUGCUCACAGCUUACUAUACAUGAAAGAAUUCAUACUGGAGAGAAACCCUACAGUUGUAAAGAAUGUGGAAAAUCUUUUAAAAUGUGCUCCAACCUUACUCAACAUAAAAGAAUUCACACUAAAGAGAAGCCCUACAAAUGUGAAGAAUGUGGCAAAGCCUUUAAACAGCCCUCAGCCUUAUAUAAACACAAGAAAAUUCAUACUGGAGAGAAACCCUACCGAUGUGAAGAAUGUGGGAAAUACUUUAUCUGGUGCUCAAUCCUUACUGAACAUAAAAGAAUUCAUGCUGGAGAGAAACCCUACAAAUGCAAGGAGUGUGGCAAAGCCUUUAAGCGGAGCUCACACCUUACUAAACAUAAACUAAUUCAUACUAGAGAGAAGCCCUACAAAUGCAAAGAACGUGGCAAAGCUUUUAACCAGAGCAGAAGUCUCUCUCAGCAUAAGAGAAUUCAUACUGGAAAAAAGUCCUAGGAAUGUAAAACAUUUGGCAAAACAUGUCAUAACUACUCACAUCUUACCAACAUCAGAUAGCUCAUGCUGGAUUAAGCCAUAUAAAUGUCAUGACUGUGGCAAACCCGUCACAGAAUAUAAACCUUAGAGUACGCAAGAGUAUUUCUAUUGAGGGAUAACUUUACAAAUGCUAACACUGGUACAUUCAUGUAUCAUAUGACAUCUUAUUGUCCACAGGAGAAUUUACACUGAAAGUGAUCCUCCAUCAGUUGCUCAAACUUUAUUUAACAUAAGAUAAUUUGUAUCAGAAAUGAAUGUGAAAAAAAUUUGCCCAAAAUAUGUAUUUUAGAAAACACCAGAGAGUUUAUACUGAAUGGUACUUUACAGAUGCUGUAAAUGUGAAAAAAAAAAAAAAAGAAUGUAAAAUCUAGUCUAAAUAUACAUCACAGAAUUAACAGAAAGUGGUAAAGUGCUAAUACCUUCAGAUAUUAAGUCAGAGUGUUUCUUAUAGAUAAUCAAAAUUAAUACAGUUAGAUAAUUUACUUGUAUGAUGGGGACCCAAAAAACCCCAGAAUUCCUUUCGGAGGGUGGGCCCCUUGUGGCAUAGAUUUCCCCCACGAGGUGAGGCUUCUCAGAACCUGUUGGCAUCGUUGUACCAGCUAACGUUGUGAGAGGCUGCAUUCAGCUUUAGUGAAUUUUUUUUUUAGAGAUUUUCAACACAUUUGCCCAUUUCAUGAUGAAUAACCUACAUGAACAGUCUGCCCACAUCAUGCUGCGUGUUCAGCAGUUUUUACCAAAAAGAGCAUGACCCUCCUGUGUUCUGUCCUUCGUAUUCACCCCCAUCUCUUCCUGAGUGACUUUUUUUGUUUCCUAGAUGAUAAAAGUCCUCAAAGGAAAACAUUUUGGUGAUAUGGAAGAGGUGA